AUGCAUAGCUUGAUGGGAAGACCAACUCUGAAACUGAUACAGGAGGUUGACACAAGAUGGAACAGCACAUUUGACAUGCUACAGCGCUUGUAUGACCAAUGUGAACCAGUGGCUGCUGCACUUUCCAACUUAAACAAUGAUACUGCUCCCCUGACAAGUAUUGAUUAUGACAUUAUUGAACAAUCAUUGUCAAUACUGCAACCAUUCAAACUCGCAACAACAGAGAUGUCAGAGGAAAAGAGAGUGUCUGCUUCAAAGCUUAUACCACUGUACAGGAUGUUGCAGCACAAGCUUGCACAGAAAAAAGGAAAUGCAACGCAGGAAUCAACUGUUCAAUUAGGCUCACAUCUGCAAGAAGGUCUGCACUCCAGAUGUGGAGGUUAUGAGAGUUUUAGAGCCUUGGCACUGGCUACACUGCUGGACCCAAGGUUCAAAAAUGUGGCAUUUGGAAAUGCUGCCAAAGCCCAGGAAGCUGAAAAGCAUAUCACACUGGAGUGUGCUUCACUGAUGCGUUCAAACACAAAUCCUGAGCUUGCUGAGCCAACACGUCUGCAUCUUCAUUCCCCUCAAUUCCCCUAUGAGCUGGAAUCCACAUAA